AUUGCGUGGACAAUGUUAAAGAGGUGGACCAGUACGAGUGUAUGUUACGAAACGGAACAGCCGACGCCAGCGGGCUGUGUUUAUUUCACGAUAACCCCAAACAAGUUUUGGUGUGGGACGUCGUGAUUGCCAUCAGUAGUGGCCUUCAUCGCUCCAACGCUGCUGAAGAAUACUUUGACCGUGUGGUCUUAGGAAACGAUGGAGUCCACGAUAUCUCUAGCCUAGGGGAGGUUCGCCCACCCAUUGUCCUGACCCUCUUGCUAACCUGGGUAAUUGUGUGGCUGCUUCUGGUAAAGGGAAUCAAUGUAUCUGCAAAGUAUUUUCUGUGGUCACUGGCUCUUCCAUGUACCAUCUUCAUCGUAUUUCUGAUAAGAGGACUAAUGCUGGAUGGAUCUGUGGACGGAAUUUUGUUCUAUCUCAUACCUGACACGAGUCGCAUUUUUACCUUACAGGUGUGGACAGAUGCCAUAUUUCAAGUUUUCAUUACAUCGUCUGCAGCAUAUGGCCAACUGAUAGCCUUAGCUCGUUAUAAUGACUUUCAUUGCGACCUGAUUGG